UAUACAUACAUACAUACACACACACACAAACACACACACACACACACACACCUGUGUUACGUGACUUGACACCUUGAACGGGACUCCACUCAAGAUGCCCGAGCCAACCAAGAAAGAUGAAGGCACACCAGAAGACAGUGCUGGUCCUGAGGCCGGGACGGUGCCCACACCUGAGAUUGCUCUCGAGGUGUCUCCCCCUGCAGAUAAAGAUGAUGACGCAACAACCAGCACCCCUUCACCUACCCCUCCAGAGGAUGGCAAUCUCAAGAAACUGUCUAUUGACCUACCUAAUGAUAGCAUCCCUCAGUCCGCCAUGGGGAGGAAAGACUCAGUGUGGUCCUUGGGGGAGGGGCAACCUCCUGAGGACUUGGACAAGUCAAUCGAGCCUCCACCUCUUUCCACCCUCCUGAUUGAAAGACCAGAAACAACAUCCAUCGCCGUUGGUGAGGACAUCACCUUCAUUGCCAAGGUGGAGGCAAAAGACCUGUUACGUAAACCUACAAUCAAAUGGUUCAAAGGGAAAUGGAUGGACUUAGCCAGCAAGACAGGCAAACACCUGCAGCUGAAGGAGUCAUUUGACCGCUUCUCCAAGAUUCACACAUUUGAGAUGCACAUUAUUAAAGCCAAAACCAAUUAUGCUGGGAACUACAGGUGUGAAGUGAAUUACAAGGACAAAUUUGACAGUUGCUCCUUUGACCUGGAAGUGAAAGAAGUUGAAUCCGGUCAAUCAAAUGUUGACAUUCGAUCAGCGUUCAAAAGAAGCAGUGACGGCCCGGACGAUGCGGGCGACCUUGACUUUAGUGGUCUUCUAAAGCAUAGGGAACCGAAACAGGAGGAGGCCCCCGACGUGGACGUCUGGGAGAUCCUCAAAAAUGCCCGACCGGACCAGUACGAGAAAAUAGCCUUUGAGUACGGCAUCACUGACCUGCGUGGGCUUCUGAAGAGACUGAAGAAGACGACGAAGGUCGUGAAGAAGAGUGAAGCUUUUGCCAAGAAGUUGGAUCCAGCGUACCAGGCGGACAAAGGUGGAAAAAUCCGACUUGUAGUUGACCUAGCUGACCCAACAGUGGAGUUGAAGUGGUACAAGAAUGGGCAAGAGAUUCGGCCCACUCCCAAUAACCGGAAGUACAUCUUUGAGCACAAGGGUACCCAGAGGAUUAUGGUCAUCAACAACUGCCAGAUCAACGACGAUGCUGCCUACUCAGUUACCGCUGGAGACGAGAAAUGUUCAACUGAGCUCUUCGUUAAAGAGCUCCCUGUGAACAUUUUGAAGCAUAUUGAGCCUGUGAAGACUACGGUCAAUGAGCGCAUCGAGCUGGAGUGUGAAGUGUCUGAAGAGGGGGCUAAAGUCAAAUGGAUGAAGAACGGUGUUGAAGUUCCCACUGGAGUCCGGUCUCGGUACCGGGUGAAAUCCGAGGGCACCAAGCAUUGGCUGAUCAUAGACGAUGCCUCAAAGGAGGACACUGGCACUUACUCCCUCAUGGCCACAGGGGGCACCACUGAAGCUCAUGUUCAAGUGGACCUGAAACCUCUGAAGAUUAUUCAGGAUCUGCAGGACAUGACGGUUCUGUUGGGUCAGCCUCUUCCCCUCCACUGCGAGAUCUCCCCGGGGAAUGUUCCCGGCCGCUGGUACCGCAACGGUCAGCUUAUCCAGUCUAGUGACCGCAUCAAUAUCCUCCACCGGGCCAAGAACCACAGGCUGGAGGUUCAGACAGCCACGAUUCAUGAUGCAGGAGACUACAUGUUUGUUCCCGAGGGCUACAGCCAGAGCCUAACUUGCAAAGUUCAAGUUCACGAUCCUCCCAGGGUGCACCUGGAAGCGCUGAAUGCCCCAGACAACACCAUCACCAUCGUUGCCGGAAACAAGCUGCGUCUUGAGGUCCCCAUCAGUGGAGAACCGGCCCCACGAGUGGUCUGGAUGAAGGGAGAGAGGGUGAUCAUGGACUCAGGGCAGAGGGUGCGGGCAGAGACAUACGCUGACCACACCAGCCUGACCAUUGAUAUCGCUGAGAGAGAGGACACGGGCAACUACAAGAUAGUCCUGAAAAACGACGCCGGGGAGGACACCGCCUCCGUCAAGAUCAAGGUCGUGGAUAUUCCAGACCCACCGGAAGCUCCUCUCGUCCCAGUGGUGGGGGGAGACUGGUGCUCCAUGACAUGGGAGCCCCCACACUAUGAUGGAGGAUCACCUAUUUUGGGCUACUUCAUUGAGAGGAAGAAGAAACAGAGCUCCCGGUGGAUGAGGUUGAACUUUGACCUUAUCAAGGAGACGACCUUUGAGCCAAAGAAGAUGAUUGAGGGCGUCCCGUACGAGGUGCGCAUCUUUGCCGUGAAUGCCAUCGGGGUGUCCAAACCCAGCGGGCCGUCCAAAUCCUUUGUGCCACUCGCUGUAACCAGUGAGCCAACGAUGCUGGUGGUGGAUGAUGUCACUGAUGACACAGUAACUAUGAAGUGGCGUCCACCUGACACGAUCGGUGCCGCGGGAUUGGACGGCUAUCUGGUGGAGUACCAAGUUGAAGGAUCGGACGAAUGGAUCGUAGCCAAUCCGGAGCUGACGGAGAAGACCAGGUACACCAUCACGGGCCUGCCCACGGAGGGGAAGAUCCAGGUGCGGGUGAGGGCCAUCAACGCCGCCGGACCCAGCGCACCUCGCACCACACAGCACGCCAUCCUCGUCAAGGAGGUCAUCGAACCCCCGAAGAUCAGAGUCCCCAGGCACCUGAAGCAGACAUACGUCCGUAAAGUUGGAGAGGCUGUCAAUCUUGUCGUGCCCUUCAUGGGGAAGCCCAGGCCUAAAGUGAGCUGGCUGAAGGACGGUGAACAGGUGGAGCCCACCCAGGUCAACAUCCGCAACACGGACUGCGACAGCAUCUUCUUCAUACGCAAGGCUGAGCGGAAGCACUCCGGGAAGUACGAGAUGACCGUGCAGGUGGAGAAGCACGUGGACACCGCUAUCCUGGACAUCCAGAUCGUCGAUCUUCCCGGUCCCCCGCAGUGUGUUAAGAUCGAGGAAGUAUGGGGGGAAAAUGUGGCACUUGAUUGGUCCCCUCCCAAAGACAACGGAAAUGCUCCAAUCACAGGCUACACCAUUCAGAAAGCAGAUAAAAAGACGAUGGAGUGGUACACCUGUAUCGAGCACUACCACCGCACCUGCCUCACCAUCACCGACCUGGUGGUUGGCAACGAGUACUACUUCCGCAUCUACGCCGAGAACAUGUGUGGCCUCAGCGAGACUGCCACAGCCACCAAGGACAGCGCCCUCAUCGUCAAGCAAGGGCUCCACCUCAAGCACCCCGAGUACAUCGACCGCGACUUCACCGAGCCGCCAAAGUUCACGCAGCCGCUCAACAACAUCUUCGCCAUCGCCGGAUACAACGCCACGCUCAACUGCAGCGUCAGGGCAAACCCCAGGCCCAAGAUCAUCUGGAUGAAGAACAAGAUCGCCAUAAUAGAUGAUCCACGCUAUCGCAUGUUCAGCAACCAGGGUGUCUGCACCCUGGAGAUCCGUAAGCCGAGCCCCUACGAUGGAGGAGUCUACAGCUGCAAGGCCAUCAACGACCUCGGCGAGGCUCAGGUGGAAUGCAAGCUGGAGGUCAAAGGCGGGUACACCUUCUUUGAACUCAUGAAGAGGGGAGUGCCCUUACACCUGAUUGACAAGUACAUGAACGAGACAAAACAAGAGAAGGCGCCCGACGAGUGACAAGCAAAUUCCCCUGAGCUACUCAUAGCCUUCCGACACUCGUGACUCAACCAAGUUCCUUCUCAGCUUCUAGAGUGCCAGUGUUAG